AUGAAGCAGCAUAUAAAUCUGAGUGAUGUUGCUGCAACCCUUCAAACUGAAGUGGGGAAAAGGCUCAGUAAUGUAUCCAGCCAUUUUUCUGCACUGGAUAUGUCUUCUGCUCAAGGCUUUGCCAAAUGUGGGGUUGAAACUACGUUGUGGUUCCAGUGGGUUAAGAGAGUUGGCAUUCUCUUGGGCCAGCAGAUGGAAGUAGACAUGCAGGCACACGGUGAAGGUGGAGUCAGAUUCCAGAACUGGGCUAGAACAUAUGGUUCCUCUCCAGAAAUGUAUUUCCAGCCAACAACAGCUGAUGAGAUCAGAGAGAUCUUGGCUCUGGCCAGGCAGAAAAGCAAGAAAGUGAAAGUGGUUGGUGGUGGACACUCCCCAUCGGACAUUGCCUGCACAGAGGAUUUCAUGAUCCAGAUGGGAAGGAUGAAUAAGAUCCUUGAGGUGGACAAAGAGAAGAAGCAAGUGACAGUAGAGGCAGGGAUUUUGCUUUCUCAUCUGAAUGUAGAGCUGAACAAACAUGGCUUAGCUCUACCGAUUUUAGGAGCUGUGUCGGAUGUGGCAGCUGCUGGAGUCAUUGGAACUGGCACUCACAACACUGGCUUCAGCCAUGGCAUCUUGGCCACUCAGGUGGUAGCCAUGACACUGUUGACAGCUUCAGGGGAAAUCCUGGAGUGCUCUGAAACUGUGAAUCCUGAAGUCUUCCAAGCGGCCUGUGUACAUCUGGGUUGUUUGGGCAUCAUUCUCACAAUCACUUUCCAAUGUGUCUCAGAAUUCUACCUGCAAGAAACCACCUUCCCUUCUACACUCAAGGAGGUUCUUGACAACCUAGAAAAUCACCUGAAGAAAUCUGAGUAUUUCCGCUUCCUUUGGUUCCCUCACAGUGAAAAUGUGAGCAUCAUCUACCAAGAUCAUACCAACAAGCCUCCCUCUUCUUCAGCAAAUUGGUUUUGGGAUUAUGCCAUUGGAUAUUAUUUGUUGGAGUUCCUUCUUUGGAUCAGCACAUUCCUGCCCUUCUUGGUAUCUUGGAUCAACCACUUCUUCUUUUGGCUCCUCUUCACUGGCAAAGUGGAAAAUGUGAACUUGAGCUACAAAAUCUUCAACUAUGAAUGCCGAUUCAAGCAGCAUGUGCAAGAUUGGGCCAUUCCCAUUGAGAAAACAAAAGAUGCUCUUCUGGAGUUAAAAGGGAUAUUGGAGACGAAUCCCAAAAUGGUAGCCCACUACCCAGUAGAAGUGCGCUUCACCCAAGGGGAUGACUUCCUCCUGAGCCCCUGUUUCCAGAGGAAUAGCUGUUACAUCAACAUUAUUAUGUACAGGCCCUACGGGAAAGAUGUUCCACGCCUUAACUACUGGCUUGCCUAUGAAGGAGUCAUGAAGAAGUUUGGAGGGAGACCACACUGGGCAAAGGCUCAUACAUGCACCCGGAAGGAUUUUGAGAAUAUGUACCCAGGAUUUCAGAAGUUCUGCUGCAUUAGGGAGAAACUAGACCCCAGGGGAAUGUUUCUGAAUACUUACCUGGAGAGAGUCUUCUAUUGA